CGCACCUCGAGCCGCGGCUUGGGACGCUCCAUUAUUAGUUUCAUUCAUAGGUUGAGAAUGCAAAGGAAUCAGUCAGGCGUGCACUUCACUGCUUUGUGGAAACUAAUUGAUUGAAAUAAAACAAAAUAAAACAACUGGAAGACACUCAACUCAGCUCAACACUUGAACGGAGGCUCAUCUUCUUUACCGUUCAGGAUCUGCAGUCUGGAUAUAAUGAGGCUAACAGGACCACUGCGUGCAGUCAUUGCCAUAUUCCUCGUCGGCUUGACUUGUUUUCUGGCAUAUUCCAUACGAGGAGGAGAUGGAGAUUCGGUCAUGAAAAUGUUCUUUCGUGAAGCACAAGAGCAGCCCACUCCAGAACCAUGGCCUCACAGGUACAAGUGUGGCCUCUCAACCCCAUGUCCUCCUCAAUACUUUACGUUCCGUUUAAUGUCUGGAGUUGCAAAUGUUAUCGGACCCAAACUCUGUCUGGAGGAUAAAAUUCUUGUCAGCAGUGUAAUGAACAAUGUUGGCAGAGGACUUAACAUCGCCUUGGUAAAUGGGGUCACUGGAGAGCAUUUGGAAACAAAAUCAUUUGACAUGAGUAAUGGAGAUGUGUCUGAGUUGGUGAAGUUUCUGCAAGAUAUCCGUGAAGGAACCCUCGUGUUUGUGGCAUCUCUUGAUGAUCCAGCCACCAAGUUGAAUGAUGAGGCACGGCAGUUGUUUGAGGAGCUGGGCAGCACAGCAAUAAAAGAGCUCGCUUUCAGAGACACCUGGGUGUUUGUGGGAGCCAAAGGAAUACAAAAUAAGAGCCCAUUUGAGCAGCAAAUGAAGAACAACCAAAGUAGUAAUUUCUACGAGGGCUGGCCGCAGGCUUUGGUGCUGGAUGGCUGCAUUCCUGUACGUGCCCCCCUAAACAAUGAAUCUUUCAUUUGGUCAUCAACCAUCAUACAAGGAAAUGCACAAUGAACUUCACUACUGACUAAACCGGUUCAAUCAGACACAUGGAUCACUGAACAGUUUCUUAUUAAUAAAAGACUUUUUUUUUUAAGAAUUCCAGCUGGUAAUACAAAGUGAGCCUCAACACAAAUGUAACACUUCUAGGACUGUAAAAGGAAAAACUUUCAUUUUUUCCAUUAAAUAUGUAGAAUACUGGUUAUUAUGUAUCAAGAAUAAAAUAUAUCAGUCAUGACUGUACCUAACUGUUGCAUCCUAGCCAUAAACCCUCACAUUUUUAUAUGUAAAGUGUUGAUUUUAUAUGUCAUUAAAACAUGUGUCUGUUGACCAAA